CUCACUUAUCAUAUGGAAAUGAAAAGUCAGAGAACGACCGAGUUCAACCCCUAAUGGCUAAUGCUAUCAAUGGAACUAACUUCUUUCUGUUUGUAAUUUUCCCGCUAAACAAACACCAUGCCAGUUCUUUCUGUCACCUUCGCCCCAACACCAGCAAUCCCCUUUUCACGUCAUAGAAUCCCAAGCGCCACCAAGAUCCAGUGCUGUAGCUCUAGCCAGGCCAACAAUGGCUACGCUAGCAGUACUUUUCCCGAGAAACAACGCCUUGCGAGCUCCUCUGUCGCCGGAAAAGUUCCGCCGCCGCGACCUCACCGGAUAAUCCUGGUUCGUCACGGAGAGAGUGAAGGGAACGUCGAUGAGAGCGUGUACACUCGGACUGCAGAUCCGAAGAUCUCGCUCACGGAGAAAGGGAAGGCUCAGGCAAGGGAGUGUGGGAAAGCGAUUAGAGAAAUGAUAAAGAAGGACGGGAUCGAGAGCUGGAAGGUCUAUUUCUAUGUCUCUCCUUACAGAAGAACUCGCGAGACUCUUCGUUUCGUAGGUCGGGCUUUUGAGCGCUCAAGAAUCGCCGGCGUUCGAGAAGAGCCUCGCCUCCGCGAGCAAGAUUUUGGAAAUUUUCAGGACAGAGAGAAGAUGCGAGUUGAGAAAAAACUCAGAAAUCUUUACGGUCGCUUCUUCUUCCGUUUUCCUGAUGGAGAAUCCGCUGCCGAUGUUUAUGACAGAAUUACAGGAUUUAGGGAAACACUGAGAUCGGACAUCGAUAUCGGGCGGUUUCAGCCGCCGGGGGAUAGGAAUCCAGGCAUGAACUUGGUGAUCGUUUCACAUGGUCUGACAUUAAGAGUGUUCCUGAUGAGAUGGUACAAAUGGACUGUGGAGCAAUUCCAUGGAUUGAAUAACUUUGGCAAUGGAAGGAUGAUGGUUAUGGAGAAAGGUUAUGGCGGAAGGUAUAGCUUAGCAAUGCAUCACACUGAAGAUGAGCUGAGAAAGUUUGGUUUGACAGAUGAUAUGCUGGCUGAUCAGGAAUGGCAAAAAUUCGCAAAACCCGGCGAGCUGAACUAUGAUUGCCCAAUGUUGACAUCCUUCUUCACACACUUUGAUGAUGAGCGUAGUACUUCGGAUUCAAAACUGAUUAUGCCAUGAGUUAACAGCAGCAUUUCGGCUCACACCAUGGAAUGGAACCUUGGGACGCUUUUGUGAACGACGAAGAGCCUGACUAAUCAUGUUUCAUUAGCCAUACUCCAAUCCAAAACUAGCAUAUGUAGUAGAGCAACCAUGCAAUGUACAGAUCUGUAUAUGAUCUAGAUAGAAUCACACAAACAAUUAGUAAUAUUGAUCUACAAAAACCUUUUUGUUUUUGUUUUU